AUGGCUCUGUUCAAAAUUACAUCUUCAAGAUUAAUUGAAAUACAGAAAAUAUGCCCAACGGCAACUAUUCUGCUUCGCAACCUGAGCGCUGAGAGCACGAACCUCAAAAGCGUCCUUCAGGAGAAGAUUCCAAAAGAACAAGAGAAAAUCCGCGAAUUGCGCAAGAAACAUGGUGCGACCAAAGUUGGCGAUGUCACCGUGGACAUGAUGUACGGUGGAAUGCGCGGUAUCAAGGGCUUGAUCUGCGAAACCUCGGUGCUGGAUGCUGAUGAAGGUAUCAGGUUCCGUGGUUUAUCUAUUCCCGAGUGCCAGAAGCAAUUGCCAAAAGCCAAGGGCGGUGAUGAACCACUACCUGAGGGUCUGUUCUGGCUCCUCAUGACCGGUGAAGUCCCAACCGAUGCCCAGGUGGCUGCUAUCUCCAAGGAAUGGGCGCAAAGAGCGGAAUUACCAGCUCACGUCGUAACAAUGCUGAACAACAUGCCGAGCAAGCUGCACCCCAUGUCGCAGUUCUCAGCUGCCGUUACUGCUCUUAACAGCGAGUCCAAGUUCGCGCAGGCGUACUCUGAAGGUGUCCAUAAGUCCAAGUACUGGGAGUACGUUUACGAAGACGCGAUGAACCUGAUCGCCAAGCUGCCAGUUAUCGCAGCGACGAUCUACCGCAACGUGUACCGCGAUGGGAAGGGAAUCGGCGCGAUCGACGAGAACAAGGACUGGUCAGCCAACUACUGCACCAUGCUCGGAUUCGACGACCCUCAAUUCACCGAGCUGAUGCGUCUCUACUUGACCAUUCACAGUGAUCAUGAAGGUGGAAAUGUGUCCGCUCACACAACUCACUUGGUGGGUUCUGCCCUCAGUGACCCCUACCUGUCGUUUUCAGCUGGUCUAAAUGGCCUUGCUGGACCACUCCACGGUCUGGCUAACCAGGAGGUGCUUAUCUGGCUAGAGAAACUCCGCAAGCAAGUGGGUGACAACUUCACUGAGGAAAGCCUCAAGGAGUUCAUUUGGAAGACAUUGAAGUCUGGCCAGGUGGUGCCAGGUUAUGGACACGCUGUUCUUAGGAAGACUGACCCCAGAUACACUUGCCAGCGUGAGUUCGCCCUUAAGCACCUGCCAAACGACCCUCUCUUCAAGCUCGUCGCAGCCGUUUACAAAGUGGUCCCACCAAUCCUAACUGAGCUCGGCAAAGUCAAGAACCCAUGGCCCAAUGUAGACUCGCACUCCGGUGUAUUGCUACAGUAUUAUGGUCUCAAAGAGAUGAAUUACUACACCGUUAUGUUCGGCGUGUCCCGUGCUCUGGGUGUGCUCGCUCAGCUUGUCUGGUCUCGUGCCCUCGGAUUCCCCAUCGAAAGGCCAAAAUCCUUCAGCACCGACGCACUCAUCAAACAGCUGGGCAAAUAA